GAAAAUUCAGAAAGCAAAAUUUGCUUCCACCACUGCUAAGACAAAAGCAUAUAUUACCGUCUCAUCGAUCACUCUCUCAGCUAAAUUUUUCUAAUGGGUGCACUUUUCUUUCUGACCAUUCUCUAUGUGUCCAUCAUCCUCAAUUUCUCCUUAGCACAGGAUGAAAACCAGUUCAUUUUCAAUGGCUUCCAUGGAUCCAAUCUGCUGCAACUUGAUGGAGUUGCAAAAAUCCAUUCCAAUGGUUUAUUGCAGCUCACCAACACAUCAAAGCAACAGAUGGGUCAUGCUUUCUACAAAAUUCCCAUAAGUUUCAACUCAAGUAACUCCUCUGCUUCGAUUACUUUCCCAUCAUUUUCAAUAAAUUUUGUGUUUGCCAUAGUUCCAGAGCUUCCAAAUCUCAGCGGGGGUGGCAUGGCCUUUACCAUCUCACCUUCUAUGGGUUUCAACCAGGCUGUUGCAAGUCAGUAUUUGGGUUUAUUCAAUAUCUCAAACAAUGGGAUCAAUGCAAACCAUGUGUUAGCAAUCGAGCUCGACACGAUUCAGAAUCCUGAAUUCAAAGAUAUUGAUGACAACCAUGUGGGAAUUGAUGUGAAUGGCUUGAGUUCAUUAGAGUCAGCUCCUGCAACUUACUUUUCCAGUGAAGAAGGAAAGAAUAUUAGAUUGAAGCUCAUCAAUGGAGUUCCCAUGCAGCUUUGGAUCGAUUAUGAUGCACCACAUAAAAAGCUCAAUGUAACUUUAGCACCAGCAACAAGCAAGAAACCAAAGCAGCCUCUCUUGUCAACGGCCAUAGAUCUUUCCCAAGUUCUUUUGGAGAAUAUGUAUGUUGGUUUCUCUGCAUCCACCGGCCCAACCGCAAGUGAGCAUUAUGUGCUCGGUUGGAGUUUCAACAGAAGUGGACAAGCACAAGAUCUUGAAAUUUCAAAGCUUCCAAAACUUCCUCGACAGAGGAAAAGAAGCGAGCUGCAAAGCAAGAUGAUUGUAAUAUUACCUCUAGCUGCCACUGUUGUCGUUGUUCUGAUCAUGGUGAUUGCAGCUUUUUGCUUUAUAAGGAGGAAGAAAUACAAAGAAGUACGGGAAGAUUGGGAAAAAGAAUAUGGUCCUAUCAGAUUCUCCUAUAAGAAUCUAUAUAAAGCGACAAACGGUUUCAAAGAAGUGGAGCUUCUUGGAGCAGGAGGUUUUGGAAAGGUUUAUAGAGGAAAGCUUCCUAAUUCUCAUGUGGAGAUAGCUGUGAAGAGAGUUUCCCAUGAUUCAAAACAAGGUAUGAGACAAUUUGUGGCUGAGAUAUCAAGUAUGGGAAGGGUUAGGCACAGAAAUUUGGUGCAGCUCCUCGGUUAUUGCAGACGAAGAGGAGAACUACUCUUGGUGUAUGAUUAUAUGCCAAAUGGAAGCCUUGACAAAUUCUUAUUCAGCAAUGAAAAGCCAAAUCUUAAUUGGUCUCAAAGAUUUAGAAUUCUCAGAGGUGUAGCAUCUGCUCUUCUUUACCUCCAUGAAGAAUGGGAACAAGUCAUUUUGCAUAGAGAUAUAAAAGCUAGCAAUGUUCUAUUAGAUGCUGAUUUAAACGGAAGGCUUGGAGAUUUCGGGCUUGCUAGAUUAUAUGACCAUGGUACCAAUCCUCAAACCACCCAUGUGGUUGGAACUUUGGGUUAUCUAGCUCCAGAGCUUACUAAAACUGGAAAGGCAACCACUAGCACUGAUGUGUUUGCUUUUGGGGCUUUUCUGCUUGAGGUGGCUUGUGGAAGGAGGCCUAUAGAUCUGAAAGGACAGCCUGAAGAGUUAAUUCUGGUGGAUUGGGUAAUGGAAUUGUGGAGAAGAGGAGCAAUCCUUGAUGCCAGUGAUCCUAAAUUGGAAGGUGAUUUUUUGGCAGAGGAGAUGGAAUUGGUUUUGAAACUCGGCCUGCUUUGUUCGCACUCUAUGCCAGAAAUGAGGCCUAACAUGAGGCAAGUGGUGCAGUAUUUGGAUGGCUAUGAUAGUUUCCCAGAAAUGCAAGCUGAUUUGGUCAUGUCAUCUUCCUCUUCACUUGGAAAGUUUUCUGUUGAUUCAUUGUCAACCAAUGAAUCAAUCCUUCCCAGUGGGCGCUGAAUUGCAAGUUUUAUUGCCCUGAAUACAAACACAAAGAUCCUGAUCUAUGAUGCAAGGGUGACUUGACCGGUGAAGGAAAAGGAGCUAAUCCAUUGCUUCUCAAGAAUGAAAUAUAUGUAUGUGCUUGUGUAUUUUUAGGUAUUCUUGUAUCAAAAGUGCUACAGAUAUCAAAGUAUUUACCAAAUGAUAUAUUUUAAUAUUUUAUUGGUUGAUA